UUCGCAGUACAAAGGAGGUUUCAUGUGCUGGCUAUUGUUGAACGACUUGAUUUCAUGAAACUUCUAAACCAUUUCACUGUUUUACACGCAUUAUAUUUUAAUUAAGAAUCGUUUUUCAAUUGGGAAAAGAUGGAAAAUCCACCUUCACAUAUAAACGCACUCGAGGAGUUUAAAUUUAAAUUAUUAUGCCAAUUACAAAUUUUUCCAAACGGGUCUGGUCCCAAUUGUAAAACUCCAUUGAGACUCGUCGCAACAUCCAAUAAAUAUGGCCUGGUAUUCAUCGGUGAUAAUCAAGGCUUUCAGUGUAUACACACUAAUUCUGUUAUUUUAUAUUUUAAAAAUGAAUUCGCUUGCAAACGAGGAAAAAUUGCUACUUAUCCAAGGCGUCAUGUUCCCCUUGAGUCCAUACCGUCCCAUUUAGAUGUGAACAGCGAUGGAGAGUUUCUUGCUGUGGUAACCACUCAUCAGGAUUGUCCCUUUCUUUACGUCUAUAGCACUCAGUCUUUUGGAAGUGAUGUGAUUGAAAAGAAAUUCCAAGUAACCCUUAGCAGUACGCAAGGGGUGAAAGUUCUUGACAUCCAGUGGAACCCGGGUGUCGCAAACAUGAUUGGUAUUGUGACUAGUGAUGGAGCCGCGAUGGUGUGUGAAUUUACAGCAAACGGCCCGACAAUCAAUUCCAUACCGGCAAACUCUCAAUCCAUGUGUUUGUGCUGGAGUCCUAAAGGGAAAAGGAUUGUCAUCGGUUCAAAAGGUGGAUCUAUUAUGCAAUACAUGCCGGAUAUGAAAGUGGUGAAGGCAAUUCCAACACCAUCACUUCCUAUGAAAAGCAUCGAUGUUAUUUCAAUAAGGUGGCUUUCCAACACACAGUACAUUGUAGUAUACAAAGACAAUAAGGAUCAAUCCGGCAACACUGCUGUUAUUGUAAUAAAUGUUCAGCAGAAUCAACAACCACAUUUUAUCAAUUAUGAAGAUCUCUGCUGUGGUACUUUGACAGAAAGGCCUGAGCAUUAUUUCAUUCAUAUUCCACCGUGGAGUGUUAUUGUUUUGGGGUGCGGAAAUGCAUUGGAGACAGCUGUUCUUAAGCAAAGUGGAGACUCCUGGGCACAGUGGAUAAUUGAUGAUGGUAACAGGGCUGAAUUGCCAUUGACAGAAGACCACUCGGAUGUUUACAAUGUGGGAAUGGCGUUUGAUUUCAGUUCCCAGUUCCCAGUGCCGAUCGGCGAAAAUCAGACAAUUGACCCAGUGCCCCUUCUUUUGAUGCUUUCUCAUGCUGGUGUUCUGUGUCUUUUCCAUUGCAUAAAUAGUGUACGUGAUGCCCCCAAAUUAUGUUCAGAAAAGGAGUAUUUGUCUCUGCAUAAUUUUGUAAACAAGGCACCUGAAACAUCCCAAAGGACAGAUGCUCAACCAGCUGGGACCAAUACUGGGACUACUGCUGAUCUAGGCUAUGUGGAAAUGCCAACACUCUUUAACACAGGGGCAACUAGAUUACCAACAGGGCAGGCUACAGGAAAUUUUCAAAUGUCACAGCCGCCUGUAGGGCAAACAUCGAUGGCCUUUCAAUUCCCACAAUCGCCCAUGGAACAGUCUUCGUUUGGUUUCCAGAGCACGUCACAGUCACAGCCCGUUCAGUUGAAAAUACCUCAGCCUACUACUAGCGUGCCAAAAUCCACCUCGUUGCAGUUUCAAGGUUCUCUUGGAGGAUUUCAACAGGUGCCACAGAAAACGGAUCAAAUACAAAAACCAAAUCUAUUUAACCAGGCGCAAAAUACAGCAACAGGUACAAGUGUGGCUGCCCCCGUGGCCACGUCACCGAUGGUGCCCAUAUUUGGUUUAAAUACUUCGAAAAACUCAAAUAAAGCCUUAGAUACAAAUAACUCUUAUGGAUUCUUUGGCCAACAGCCUGUCACAACAGUGGCAACUACAAAAUCUAUGCCAUCGAGUGCACCCACACCCACGCAACCUGAAAAUAAUACAGAGGCAUCAGUUUCAAAGCCUGCACAAGCAAUGCCACAAAAAACAGAAGACCCGGUCGAAAGUAAAAAAGCCAGUGCUGAAGCUUUGGAAAAAGAGAAAAGAGAGAAAGAAAAGGCGAUAGUUGAUUCAUUGAUAAAAGAAAGUAAAUCAGUUGAGAAUGAAUUCAAUGAUUUCAAAAAGAAAAUCGCCAAAUUCGACCUCACCCCUGGCGAUGAAUCUGUGCUGAUAUCUAUUCCAAAUAAAGUCGCAGAUUUAGAAUUAUUUGAAAAAGACUUAAGCGAGACCACUUCAACCCAGUCAUCUGAAGUAAACGUUCUUAGAUGCAGCCUUGUAGAAAUAUACGGUUGGGUUGAAAACAUCAAGGCAAAAGACAGACAAGUUAAAAGUCAAAGAUAUCUAGACUGUCUUGAAUCACAAGCUUUAGACCCAAUAGUAAAAAGACACUUAAGAAGCAUCGAACAGCAAAUGCAUUUUUUUGAAUCCCAAGUGAAACAAGUAACAGCCAGCCUCGACAGCCUGUGGUCAAACUACAAGUCUAAAAACAAAAAUACCAUCGAUGUGCCUAAUCUAGAAUCAAUUUACGAGGCUAUUGUAAAUCAAACAUAUAUUCUAGCAGUACAAAAGAAUAUAGUCAGUGAACUCCAAAACAAAAUAAAACAAGUUUUAAGGAACAAAACAAUAGUACCACAAGUUAUAGAGUACUCUUCACCGAGUUACAAUUCUAAAACUGGGGGAUCAGAUUUAGAUAUACUAGCAGAUAAAUUACUUCACACAAAAAUAAAUAAUAAAUCACCUAGUAAGUCUUUUAAAGAGACAUCAUAUCGUUACAUAGUUUUGGCAAAUGCUAAAAAACAUCUGAGCUCUUCUAAGGAGAAUAUUUUGAUACAGUGGCACAAGUCGCAUAAAGUGAUAAGUACUAAGGCAGCUAAGCCGUAUAGUUUCAGUGAUGAAGAUGAAGAAUUAUAUAAAUCUCCAUUAAGUCCAGUUAGCAUUGUCGAAAAAGUAACAACACCUACUAAAGAAGAGUCUCCAGCAGUGCAAGAGCCUGUUCAACAAAAGCCAAUUACAAGUAAAAGCCCGUUUACGUUGAGUGGUAAAACAAGUUCAGCUCCUUCUAGUAAUUUAUCAAGUUUACAAUUUGCCUAUUCUACAGUGACAAAAGCGCCGAGUGUACCUGUUGUAAAGGAAAGUACAAAAUCUACUGCUAUUUCAACUGCUGCAAUCUCUACAGCUUUUCCAACUUCUACCUUCACUGUUUCUGAAAUGGGUAAAAAUUCUUUUGGAACCGAUGUUCAAAUUACAAAGGCUCCUCCUAAAACAAGUGCCUCUCCUGUCAGUAAUGUGAUCAUGUAUGAAGAAGUGUCAAACACAACUCCAGUAAAACCAACCAAGACGGUUAGCUUGAGCCAGUUCACAAAUUCUACAAUUUUUGGCGGAUCCCAAGAUGUUUCCUCUUCACUGACUUCAAGCUGGCUCUCUGCUUCAGGAAGUGCAUUUAAAUUACCUACUUCAUCAACUGCAACAACAACAACUUCAGCUACAAGUCAACCUACAUCCCAGCCGUUUGCCCAGUUUGCUUUAACGAACACUCAGGUUUCACUUGGUGCACCGGCAAAAACUGAAUCAUCGACAAAUAUUAAAACGUCUGUCGCUGCAGCUACUACUUCUACUUCACUUGCGACACCCACCACCAGAGUUGAAAAUACUUCAGUUGUCAAUCCGUCAACAGAAGCUUCAAGUAUUUUUGGCAGUAAUUCUUCCUUCUCUUUAUUAUCAUUGGGAGGAUCUGCAUUUAGUUUUCCUAGUUUGUCCUCAACUCCUAGCACUACUUCAACAAAACUUACAACUGCUGCUGAGACUACAGUAAACAGUAAAUCCACAAAUGUUGCACCAACUGCCAAACCUGCAGCUUCCGAUGUGUCCUUUGAUCAGUCAAAAUUUUCACCAAUUUCAUUUAGUGAAACAUCUGUGUCAACUGCACCAACUUCAGUUUCAUUAAUGCCGUCAUUAAUUACAACUGAAACCCAAGUUGUUUCUUUUACGACAACGCCCCAAGAACAAAGUAAAGUCACAUCAACAUCAUCAGUGAUGACGACUGGCACAACUUCAACUACGAAUAUUAGUACAACAAAGAGUAUAUUUCCUAUUCUGAGCACUGCAGCCACAACUUCUACAACUACAGCACCAUCCCUUUUUGGUUCCACUUCAUUUUCAUCUCCUUCUUUUUUCUCCAAUUCAUCAACAGCAAAUGUUUUUGGUGGAAGUAGUAUUUUUGGUACUUCUGCAUCGUCUCUUCCUACUGCAACAACAGUUUCAACUGUUUCGACUGCAUCAUCUUUGUUUGGCGGGACGACUUCCUCUAUAACAUUUGGAUCACCAGUCACUACCACUAGUUCAACCACCACAUCAGUCAGCCAGCAAUCAGUAUUCAAUAUGUCGUCUCCUUCGAGUCAGCCCUCGAUCUUCGGCGGAACACCAGCAACUACAAGUGCAUCAGUGUUUGGCUCGUCAAACAUGACAACUCCAGUUUUUGGAUCUCCAGCAACAACAUCCACUUCGAUAUUCGGAUCCCCAAUUAGUACUCCUUUGUUCGGUACACCGUCAACUACCACAACCUCCAGUAUCCAACCCAUUUUUGGAGGAACGCCAUCAACUACUUCAUCUUUAUUUGGAAGCCCUGUUACCGCUGUUACAACUUCAACAACUUUAUUUGGAAGCCCUGCUACCGCUGUUACAACUUCAACAUCUUUAUUUGGAAGCCCCGCUACCGCUGUUACAACUUCAACGUCUUUAUUUGGAAGCCCUGCUACCACUGUUACAACUUCAACAUCUUUAUUCGGAAGCCCUGCUACUGCCGUUACGACUUCAGCAUCUGUAUUCGGUGCAGCACAAGCAUUAGGGUCAACAUCAUUUUUCAGCACACCAUCCACAAUUGGAAAUGCAUUUAUGAACCAGCCUCAGUCACCACAGCCUUUUGGCGGAGCACAACCACAAACGACAAGUUCAUUUAAUACACCUUUUUUCCAAAAGUCAACACCGACGACAAAUGUUUUUGGAGCUCCAGCAUUUGGGCAAAAUGCAGCUAUUACAGCCUCUUCGAUGUUUACAGGGACUUCUACUUUCAAGCAGACCUCAGAAAACAUUUUUGGAAAUGCCACAACACCUAACAAGUUUGCAACAAAUUCAGGAUCUAUAUUUGGUGGAAGUUCUUUUAGCUCACCAACUCAACAACCUACAUUUUCCAGUGGUCAGACUGGUGGUCUUUUUGGUUCUUCUAAUGCCUUCUCCAAUGUUGGACAACCAAACGUUUCACAAUCAGGUUUUGGAUCACAACCAACUUUCGGCUCAAGCGGAACGUCUAUAUUCGGCGGGCAGACCACAUUUGGAACCGCACCAACUUUCGGCAGUUCUGCCACUUUUGGCAGCCCUAAAAAGGUUUUCGGUGAUGCCGCACCCAAAUCAACGUUUGGAUCUCCGACUCAGCAAUCAUCCACCUUUGAAAAUCUAGCUGGUCAAAACACGCUCACGUUCGGCAACCUGGCCCAGAACCAGGGUGGCUUCAAUUCUACAUUCGGAAACGCUUCUCCUACCCAGCAACCGGCAUUCCCUGCUACAACAUUUGGAGGAAGCUCAUUCAGCAAUUGGAGAUAAAGUUACUGCAGUUUUUUCAACGUUUAAGGAAUUGUAAAUCCAAAAUGUUAUUUAUAAACAAUCUAUACUUAAAUACAAGCUAUCUCUUUUA